CGCUUCCACUUGCAGGCUUUCUCCACAAGUGUCAUGUUAGUGUUACAUUAGUCAGCCAACGUGCACCAUGUGCAGUCCAACAAAUGGAUGCCAGUAAUUUAACUUUGCAGGCUAUGUUGGCCGCAUUGUAGCGGUUAAUAUUUUGUACAACAUGAUGUAUAACUUAUUUGUGUCCCAUCUCCAUACAGUUCUGUUUACAUAUUCUGCUGUUGUAUUUCUUUCCUGGAAACUGGUGUCCACUUCCCCACCUAACAAAACAGAUACCAGUGUACCACAUCUGGAACGGUACUGCAAUACAGAGCCGCUGAUUAUCAAUAAUGGCAGAUACGGCAGCAGCUUCAUUUUAUCCGACUAUCUGGAGCAAUUCUGCACUGUGACGUUGAUGAUCGUCACGCCAUCUGCCAUCACUGGAACAUGUAGUGUAUAUUUUAAUAUCGCGGAAUCCACGAUGCCGGAGAAUGAUGAAUUAAAAGUGUAUCAACACGGCAGCGGAUCGUUGUUAAAAGUCAUCCGUAAUGAUGUGGAUAAUUCGGUCGCCAGUGUUGGGCAAUUUCAGACCACGGAUUUCCGCCAUAAUAUCACGCUUACGUUGAACUUAAUCCGACAAAAGGAUACCAUUAAUCGGAGCCACCAGAUCAAAUUCCAGUACACUCUCGUGAUUUACCAGCCAGUUGGCAUUUACUCUAAAUCAUGGAUACGCUGUCGUGCCCUGAGAGGUUAUGUGUUGCGUCGGUUGGCUUGUGACGGAAAGAUCAACCGCUUUACCUGCCCGAUCGAACUGAACACCGCCGUCAACGGGAAUAACGCAGUCAAAUACCACGAUGUGAGGGCGUGUACCGAGGUCUUUGAUACCGAGCCGCAUCGCGACGACUUCAACGACGACGAGAUUUGGCGCAACACAUGGAGUGUGCGCAACCAUUUUAAAAAAAGGACAGACUACACAAUACUGACCGGACAUCAUGACGUGUGGGCCUCCGAUGGAUAUCUGCACAUGCCCGCUCGCACUAAAGUGGACAACGCCUCACAUGCGAGCUACAGCGUCAGCCAUAUAAGUUCUGGUACGCAUUAUAACUUUACCUACGGGGAAAUUGAAAUCCGGGCGAAAUUACCGGCCAGUGCCAACAUGUCGGUGAUGACCAUGCUGCGCUUAAUCGAUGCCGAAUGCCGCUUCGACCAGUCCCCGGCAUGUCUCGACCAAGCCAUUUCCGUGGCGGAUCUUCGGAGCGUCGAACCCAGUCGCGUGUUUAUCGGCGUGAAUUACGGGAAGGACAGGGGAAAAUCCUGGAUGCACAACGCUCAAAGCAGUUUGCUGGAUGGACAGUUUCAUAACUUUAAAGUGAGGUGGGACCGCGACAGUAUACACUGGUAUGUUGAUAAUUUAGAGGUUCGCCGGCUGACCGAUCCCAGGAUGAUCCCGGUGACGCCCAUGCAGAUCUCAAUUGAACUGGACAGUUUUCGGCAACGCCAUACCAUGAAUGCUGAAGCGGAACUGUUGGUGGAUUACAUCGUCGUGCGCAAGCUGACACCGUUGACAUCCUCUGAGUCGUCUAUGAGCCCGGCGGGUGCAUCGCUAAUCAGUCCCGAGGAUGCACAAUGGAAGAUGUGGGUGGCGCUUGUCAGUGUGGUGGCGCUGGUGUUUGCGUUGUUAGGAGUGUGGUGCUGGCGACGGCGGAAUCCACCGGUGAGCCCCAUGCGGCCGGCGAACGCCCUGGACGUGUACUUUGACAUAGUGAGCAAUCAAGAGGACGACGCUAGAAGAAGGCAUAUCAAGGAAAUGUAUAUGGCAUGGAAGGUGCCAUCACUGGCAGCUGGACUAAAAAUUCCCCGGAAGUCGCUUAGAUUUGACAAGAAGCUCGAUGAGGGUGAGUUUGGCGAAGUAUGGAAGGGAGUAGCGUACGAUUUAUCGGAAUGGCCAUCACCGUCGGUCGUGGCGGUGAAGUGCGUCAAGAACUCCGCGGAUGAUUAUCAACAUAAACUGUUGAUGGAUGAGGUCACUGUGCACAGUAAAGCUGGCCGGCAUUUGAACAUUGUCAGCCUUCUAGGCAUCACAUUAAGCGGUCAACUCCAUAUAAUUCUGGAAUUCUCUUCACACGGCAGUCUGCUCAAAUACCUCCGCCUGCACGACAAACUAUUUCAAGAGAAAACCAGCGAAACCAGUUAUCUGAACGAGGGCAUGGCGAAUUUUACGAUGGAUGGCCGGGAAUCAAGCAUCCCGAAAGAAUGGCCGCUCAAAACGGCAGACCUGAUUAAUUUCACCUAUCAAGUCAGUCGGGGUAUGGAAUAUUUGGCGGUGCACGACAUUAUACAUCGUGAUUUGGCCGCUCGGAAUGUUCUGGUUUGUGAUAACAAAGUGCUGAAGAUCUGCGAUUUUGGAUUGGCCCGGCAGAAACCUGAUUACUACCGAAUGACUGAAUCACAGGACGCCCGAGUUCCCGCUCGCUGGAUGGCACCAGAAAGUUAUGAGCAGCGACUGUUUUCGGAGAGAUCCGAUGUGUGGUCCUUCGGUGUUGUCACAUGGGAGAUCUUUUCGUACGGCGGCAUCCCAUAUCACGAUACAAUCAAAGACCUGGUGUGCCAACAUAUCAUAGCAGCGUUGCGGAACGGGUUACGGCUGAAAAUCCCACUAAAGUGUCCCAAAGCAGUAGAUGACAUUAUGCGCGAAUGCUGGGAUUAUGAAGCGGCGAAGCGACCAACUUUUAGUGUUCUGAGGCAGCGGAUUGAGUGGCAUGUGGGAAAAGAUGCUCAGUGCGAGUGUGGCUUUGAACUUUGUUCCUAUUUAAAGGCUUUUGUGACUUAG